AUGCCACCGCCACGACCAACCCCGAAAAAGGCCCCCCCGCCGGCCGACUACAAAACCAUUGCCGCACAGUGGGCCGCCGCGAAGCGGGCCGGGGAGGUUGCCGAUGCGGAUCGUCUAAAAAAGAGCACUGGGGAAGCUCAAGAGGAGGACAAGAAGGCGGUACAGCAACAACAAGAACAGCUUGCCACACGCGAACGCCGUCGCGAGCGUCUUGAAGCGGCUCGGAAAAGGGCUUACCAGGCGCGUUGGGGCUGGACAGCCGCCUUUUGGGUCUGGCUGUUGGUUGUGCAUGUUGCUGGGCUUGCGUACUUCACCAGUGGGUUUUUGCUGACGCGGCUGGUGCUGGAGGAGAAAUCGGCGUGCGAGGUGCCGCCGUUUCAAGCAGGCGAGCAAGGGAUAGAAGGAUCGUCAUUGCUGCCGGCGUGGGAGGGCAAGGGCACGGUGGACGGUGGGUGUUGGCAUCCGCGCACGUUCUCACGGGCGGUGGUGGUGGUAAUCGACGCGCUGCGGUACGAUUUCACCGUGCCUGUGGGCGACGGCGAGGCGUUCCACGAUGCGUUUCCUUUCUUGUGGGAGACGGCGGUGCGGGAACCGAACCGCGCGUUUUUGCGGCCGUUUAUUGCUGAUCCGCCCACCUCGACGUUGCAGCGGUUGAAAGGGUUGACGACGGGGACGUUGCCGACGUUUGUGGAUGUUGGUAGCAGCUUCUCGGGGACGGCUAUUGAGGAGGAUAAUUUGUUGAUGCAGUUCAAGGAUGCGGGCAAGCGGGUGGUGCAUUUGGGGGAUGAUACGUGGGAAGCAUUGUUCCCGGGGUAUUUCGAGGGCAAUUUGAGCCGGGCGUACGACAGCUUCAACGUUUGGGACUUGCACACGGUGGAUAACGGGGUAAUUGAACAUAUCCUGCCGUUGAUGGACAAGAAAAACGACUGGGACGUUGCCAUUGGACACUGUCUUGGGGUUGACCACGCCGGGCACCGGUAUGGGCCCAACCACCCGGAGAUGACCAAGAAGCUGCGGCAGAUGGACGGGUUCAUCCGGGACCUGGCGGCCACCAUCGACGACGAUACGGUGCUGGUCGUGAUGGGGGAUCACGGCAUGGACAGCAAGGGUGACCACGGCGGCGAGAGCGAGGACGAAGUUGAGGCUGCGCUGUGGAUGUACUCCCCCAAGGGCAUCUUUGGGAGGACGAAGCCGGAAUACGCGACGCCCCCGACCACCGCCAAGGCCCGCCCUGUCAACCAGAUCGACCUCGUCCCAACCCUGGCUUUGCUGAUGGGCAUUCCUAUUCCUUUCAACAACCUGGGCCGGCCAAUCGAGGAGGCCUUCGCUGGCCCCAAGGGUGAUGCGUGGCUGAAUCUCGCCGCGGCAGAGAGAACGACGGCGGCUGGUAUCAAGCGUUACCAGACAGCGUAUUUCGCCGCUCGAGGGAUCGAACAGUCUCCUGAGUCCGGUUCGCCCAGCCAACUGUGGGAUCUGGCUGAAAGUCUUGUUGCCGCUGGCAAGCAGUCUGACUGGGCGGCUAUCUUUUCGGCCUUUGCUGCGUACCAAGAGGCCAAUCUACAGAAAUGCAAGAGCCUGUGGGCGAGGUUUGAUCUCAAGAACAUGAUGAUAGGCAUCGGCAUCAUGGCGCUCGGGGUCGUCGCGCUACUUGUGUACAUCGCACAGGGAGACGAUGACGACGCCAUUGAGGACGAGGAACUCGAUAUCGCCGAGAAGAGCUUGGAGCUUCAGGGUAUCAAGCCCGAUUCGCAGGGUGUUCCCACUGACACGCUUGAGAAGCGGCUCAUCGGCGCUGCUGCGCUCGGUGCUCUACCCGGCUUUAUCGGCGGUGUCGUCUCGUCGUUGGUCUCGGGGGCUGGUGAUUGGUACCGCGGAUCAGGUAUCGCCGCGUUGACGAGCAUUGCUGCUGUUCUAAUCUCCAUGUUUGAAGUCCAGGAGACGCUCGCCAAGCUGGUCCCCAGCACGGUCUGGGGGUGGAUGGCCGUGGUCUUUACCGUCAGUCAGUCCGUCGGCUUCGCCUCCAACUCGUACACCAUCUGGGAGGACUCCAUCCUCCUCUUCUUCGUCACUACUUUCGGUUUCGUCAGCGCCCUAUCCGCCCUCCGGAUCCCUUCCCGCGCCGACCGCUACCUGGCCAUCUACCAUUCCGUGGUAUUCGCCCUUCUUGGCCGUGUCGCGUCCUUCUCCAAACUCUGCCGCGAAGAGCAGAUGCCAUACUGCACCUCGACCUACUACGCCUCAGCCACCUCCUCCACCUCCGCUCCCUGGCAGCUCAUCAUCCCUUUCCUCGUCUCCCUCAUCCUCCCCUCCAUCAUCAAAGCCUACCUCCAACCGACCCGCUCCUACGAAGGCCUCGCCCCAGCUUGGAUCGGCGUCGUCCUCCGCGCGGUGCUCGCCCUAGCCGCCGUGUACUGGGUCCUCGACGCAGCCGACAACGGCAACUGGCUGCCCAGCCUCCCGGACAAGACCCUCAAAAACAUCAGCGUCUACCUCGCCCAAACCAUCCUCGGCCUCACCCUCGUCGCCGGCACCACCGCCUUCGUAUGGGCACCCCCCUGCGUCUCCAUCACCACCUCCGCCUCCCCCACCCAACCCAACCGCGCCCAAGUCGCCAUCAUAGGCUACGCCAACGCUCACGGCGCCCGCUACCUCCUCCUCCCCAUCAACCUCUUCGCCGCCUGCAUCCUCCUCUCCAAGCCCAUGGGCGGCGGCUCGUUGGCACUCAUGGCCUGGCAAAUCCUCGCCCUCCUCGAGAUCCUCGACCUUCACAACCUUUCGUCUACUUCCUCCCCCAUCGGCCCCAUCAUGCUCGCCAUCCUCGGCACCUUCCACUUCUUCAAAACCGGCCACCAAGCCGCCCUCAGCUCCAUCCAAUGGGACGCCGCCUUCAUCCCGCUCUUCACCAUCCGCUACCCCUGGAGUCCCCUCGCCGUAACCCUCAACACCUUCGCCGGCCAGAUCCUGGCCACCGCCUGCGUGCCCUUAUUAGCACUCUGGAAAUCCGGCCCUCGCCGUCGGGGCCGUCUCGAGGCCGUCAGUCGACGCGCCCUGGCGGUGUUUGUGGCGUAUUUUGCUGUUGAGAGUUUGGCGACCAUGGCGUGGGCGGGGCAUCUGCGCCGGCAUUUGAUGUUGUAUCGUGUGUUUAGCCCGCGGUUUAUGAUGGCUGGGGUGGUGUUGUUGGUGGUGGAUUUGGCUGGGUUGGUGGUGGCGUUGACGGGGGUGCGGUGUAAUACGAUGGCGAUUGGGGAGGUUUUUGGGUGGGCGGAGUGA